AUGGAGUCUCAAGAAUUCACAACCACCAAACCUUCUUUCUAUUAUCCUGGCCAGCAAAAGGAAAUAUUAUACUCUGUUGAAUUAUUGGAGAAACUUGACUCACCAGAGCCACAUCUAAUAAGAAAAGAAUGUGGUGUCAUUCAAACUACCCCAAAAGCGAUCACUAUAGCUAUUUCAGGAUGUAGCUCAUCAGGCAAAACAACGUUAGCAUUACUACUUUCAGAGAUUUUCUCUUCUUCUCCAACCACAAAAGACUCGACAGGAAAUGAAUCUCCACAUAUAUCCGAGAAAAAUAAUCUAGGCGACGCAAAAGCUACACAUCCCUAUACAACCACAAUUCAUCAGGACGCUUUCUUCAUUCCGAAAGCUGACUGUCCAUUGGUCCAAUUCAACAGCGGUCCUAACGACGAACAUUUUGUAAAAGAAAGUCUUGCACAAGAGAACGAGAAUCCAGUCUAUUUCUACGCCAGAACUGGCACGAAUGGGGAAGAAAAUGUACAGAUCACCGGACCAAAUACUGAUUGUAUGGAAGCGAUCAAUUUUGGCAAUCUACUUCGAAUGGUUCAAACUGCGCAGGCCAAUGAUGCUGAGUCAGACAUGUGUGUUCAAUAUAAAGAUGACGCAGACAAGAAGAAACUGAUUGAGCAAUAUUCCGGGGUGAUCGAAAGCAUGCGCAGAAGGGUUAGAGAGUAUUUGGCCUUAAGAACAGGUAAUCGUAAGAGAAACGAUAUUGUUGCAGACUAUAACUGUGCAUGGGUAUUCGUUGAGGGAUUCCUAUUAUUCACCAAAGUUUCGCCUUCUGAUGACAGAAGCUCAUGGCUGGAUGCAUUCUUAGAGGUCGAAGACCGUUGUGCAGGGCUAUCAGAAAAUGUACGACGAGAAUUCAAAAAAGAAGCUGCAUUGAAGGAGGAUAAAGUUAUGAGAGCGAAGGAAGAGAUGGCUGUGGCAAAGGCAGCUUUGAUGCAAGAAUUUGAUAUCAAACUAUUCUUGCCUACUAGCAAGGAGGUCGCUAAAGAGAGGAGACUGAGCAGGUUCCCAUACAUCGACUUUCCAGCUGGUGGAAGAUGUCCUGGACAGAUGUGGAAGUCAGAAGGAUACUUUGAAGAAGUUGUUUGGAAGGGCUAUGAAGAUUCAUUCGGUUGGCUGUUAAGAGAGACUGGAAAGGAGAAUGUCGACGGCGUGUUUGUUAGAACUACUGUCGAUGACACAAUUGAGAAUACUGUUUACUGGGCAGUUGAUAUCAUUCUUCGAUUUUUGAGAGGAGGCAAUGGUAUUGGUCGUCGUUGGAAAAAAUGGCAGCCUUGCGCAAAAGGCUACAAUUUCCAGCAUCCAAAACCUCAACGACGUCGCAAUCUACAUUUCCUCAUUUGUUUACAACCAGCAACCAUGUCACACCUUUAUAAUCCUCUUGCAACAGCUCAACAAUUAUACCAAAACACCUCAAACAACAGACUUCCAGCUGAGCUUCAAGACAGCAUUCGAUUUUAUACCGCUCGACUUACGCAAGCCGCAGGCAUACUGCUUGGUCUUCCCCAAGAUAUCACAGCUCAAGCAAAUGUUCUUCUCUACAGAUAUUGGCUUGCGGAUGACUUGAUGCAAUAUGAAUAUAGCGACGUCUCAGCAGCUACCCUCUACCUAACUGCGAAAGUAUCCGCGUCUCCUCGAUCUUUUCGCAGCAUUACGAAUGUAUAUGCUUAUCUCCUCUCUCAAUCCGCAACUCUCACAAAUUCUCACGCGCCCGACAACAACCCCUCGUCGUACUAUCUUUCCGAGUCUGCCUACAUAACCUACCGUACACGACUUCUCAACAUUGAGGGCCAAGUCCUGAAUGCUCUGGGAUUCAAUACACACGUCGCUCUUCCCCAUCCUCUCGCAAUUACAUAUCUUCAAACUCUUGAUAUAUUUUCACCGGCACACAAAAAUGGCAGUGGCAAAGCGAUCGCGAAGAAAACAAUACAAUAUCUUAACACAGCGUUGCUCAGUCCACAGAUGCUAUAUUUGACACAUCAGCCAUGCGCAUUGGCAGUGGCGGCGAUAUACCUAGCGGCAAAGGAAGAGGGGAUCAAAAUGCCAGAAGAUGAAUGGUGGGAAGUGUUUGAUGUUGAGAGAGAAGAGUUAGGGUUUUUGGUAGUUGGGAUGAGGAGUUUAGAGGGCGUGGCACGAAGGGGAAAAGAAAUAUUUGGGGAGAAGAUGACGAUCGCCAAAGAUGAUAUCAUGGAAGAACUGGGGAAACGGGGGCUGGGACCAAAUAAUGGGACGAGUAAUGGCCAAAGCAAGAAACUCGACGAAGAGGACGAAAUGAUGAAAUUGAUGGAUGAGAGGAUGGAAGAUUCAUAG